AUGACGCGGCUACAUCCCCUUACUGCUGAGGCGACAAAUGCCUCCCCAGGUUCCUCCACACUAUCACUACCGCCCGCAUCAGCUGAAACAUCCAGCAAACGUCGCUUGUUACUAGUCUAUAUCCACGGGUUCAUGGGUUCCGAGGCCAGUUUCUCGGACUUCCCGGCGCAUGUUCAUCAUUCUUUGACGGGGUUGUUAAGCGAGUCGCAUGUCAUCUAUACGCGCAUUUAUCCGCGAUAUAAGUCGCGAGGGGAGAUGCGUACGGCGGUGGAGAAUUUUAUUUCUUGGCUAUCACCACACUUAGCGGACGAUUUAGAUGUGAUUCUCCUCGGUCACAGUCUCGGCGGUAUUGUCGCCGCAGAUGCUGCUCUUCUUUCCAGCCUUUCCCCAUCACCAAACCAAAAGCAUCGCAUUCUCGGCCUCAUCAAUUUCGAUGUCCCCUUUCUGGGACUCCACCCUCAUGUAAUCCCUACAGGGCUCCGAGGUCUAUUCCAGCAAAAGGAAGAAACCAUCACCACAUCCCAAGAUACCCCCAGCGACAUCGACACAACAACAGAUCCACUAUUCGACCCACCCUUCAGCAACGACAUCCAUCUCGUGGAGCGACAUGGGAUCAACGGGAUCAUGCACUUCUUUCACAAGAACAGUCACAAUCUGACGCGAUCGAUCUAUAACCGGAUCUUGUCGCCGUAUCAGUUCGCCGGUUGUUUGAAUAAUUACGUGCAGUUACGGAAACGUUAUAAAGAGUUGAUGGCGUUGGAGAAGGCGGAGAAAAGUUUGGAUCGGGUUCGGUUUGUGAAUUAUUAUACGUUGAGUACGAAGCCUAUUGUGAGAAAGUCGAAGGGGAGGGUAAAGAGUAGGGGGGGGGAUCGGUCUCAGAAUGCAGAGACAGAGUCAGGUCACACUUCCGCUUCAGUCCAAACGAGGACUGUUUCCGUGGACCAGAUGUAUCUGGCCCCACCAACAGAGAAGCUAGGCCUGCAAUACACGUCGUCGUUAUCAUCCCUCGACCUAUCGACAGAGGAUGGUUAUACGACGGUCUCGGAAGAAUCCGUCAAAGAGAAAACCGUGCAGUUGAAUGGCAAUGUUCAAACAGAAGUCGACACAACCAUCAAAACCACCUCCAAACCACACAAAUUCGUGCUCAUGCCCUCCCAUCAUUGGAAACACGGAGAUAAUUCCCUCUGGGUACCGGUGCACAUGGAGAACAUGGAUGAAGUCACGGCACAUCAAUCGCUGUUCGUACCGCAUGGGGAUGGACGACACUAUGACCAGUUGGUCGGAGAGGUGGUCUCGCAGAUUGAGAAAUGGGUCACGGAUGAUCUUAGUGAACGAAUGCUUCAGGAGGAAAGUAUAGACUUGAAAUAG